GGAGCGCCACACAGGCAGCACUUUCACUUCGGAGACACACAGAAACACUCAGAUCGCAGAAGAUCGCAGAGAACUUGGACACACCGGGGACACUCAGGGGAAACACCGGACACUUCCAGUCCUCAGCUCUCCUUUACAACCCUUUUUGGAUUUAUUUCGGAUUCUAGAGAACUCCUAUUCGGGCUUUAAUACCGCGAUGUUCUCCAGCAUCGGAACCGACCUGACCUACAGCAGCAUGGCUUCUCCUCUCAACCCUGCCCAGGACUUCACGGACCUCGCCGUCUCAGGAGGGUCCUUCGUGCCCACCGUCACGGCCAUCUCGUCCAGCCCGGACCUGCAGUGGAUGGUCCAGUCAGUGGUCUCUUCCGUGGCUCCGUCCAAGACUAGGGUCCAUCCUUACUCCUCCAACAUGAGCCUCUCCAGAGCGAAAAUGGUGAAGAGCACCAGCACCGGCAGCAGCCGCAGGGGCAAAAUGGAGCAGUUCGCUCCAGAGGAGGAGGCAAAGAAACGUCUGCGGCGUGAACGAAACAAGAUGGCAGCCGCUAAAUGCCGCAACAGGAGACGCGAACUCACGGAUACCCUACAAGCUGAAACAGACAAGCUGGAGGACGAGAAAUCGUCUCUGCAGAACGACAUCGCAAACCUCCUGAAGGACAAAGAGCGUCUGGAGUUCAUCCUGGCUGCACACCAGCCCAUCUGUAAGAUCUCGUCUCAGAUGGACACGUCUUACAGCGAACCCUGCGUGUCUCCGGCUUCGUCUGAAAGCGUAGUGAGCUCUGUCGCACCUUCCAUGCUGACCUCCACGUCCACCACCACCUCGUCCACCACCGUCAAGCUGUCCGACCUCGAAUCCUCUCUGGAAGCGUCACUAGAUUUCCUCACCAGGUCCGACACGGAGACGGCUCGCUCUGUCCCGGACAUCGACCUGUCCAACUCCCUGUACGCUCAGGACUGGGAGCCCCUCUACACUCCGGCUACCCUGGACCUGGAGCCUUUGUGUACGCCCGUGGUCAUGUGCACGCCCACUUGCACGUCCUACACGUCUUCCUUCGUCUUCUCGUACCCCGAGAACGACACCUUCUCCGGCUGCGGCCCUCUGCUCCGGCGUGACGGCAGCGCUAACGAGCAGUCGUCCGAUUCGCUGAGCUCGCCCACACUGCUCACGCUAUAGAGACCUUCUCACACCUCCAUCAUCUUCAACACUGACCUUAACGAACUUCACUGCAGGCCGACAGACUCCUCCAAGCAAUCUCAUUACUAAUCUGAUCACUGAUGCGUAUUAAUGAGCCUCUUAUACAUGUAGCAUGUUCUUAUGUGUGUGUGUGUGUGUGUGUGUGUGUGUGUGUGUGUGUGUGGUAAAUAAAUCAAUUCUGGUGCUCCAUAGAAACAGUAGGGUGGUUCAGGAGACUCAGGAACUCGUGUGCGUUUCCUUUAUCCAGCCUCUGUGCUAAUCUGAUAUUACAGCAUUACAGGAAGUUUUCUGUGAAAACAUCGUUUAUCACGUAUAUCGAAGUAGUAAUAAAUUAUGGAUUUAUUUUAUUUUUGUACUGGAAUGUGAAGAAAAUGUGUCCAAAUAAAAACAAUUAUUCACUGUACAGCAUUCUGUGUGUUAAAGUCAAUAAAACCUCAUACCAUGUU